UCGUAACAUACAUUAAGUCAUCACAUAAUUAUUAAUAUAUAAUUACCACCAUAUAUAUAGUAUAUGAGCAACUACUGUAUAGGAUAUAUGUAUACAUAUAUUUAGAAAUAGUGUAGAAGUAAUUAUGUAUGAAAUGAAAAUAAUAUCGUGGUUAUGGUUAUUGGUGGGUGUUCAUGGCAUACUUAUAAUAAUGGCUACGGUUGUUUCGUGUGCAGACACAGUAAAAGUUCCUGCAAUGUUUGUUUUUGGGGAUUCUUUAGUUGACAACGGCAACAACAACUUCCUUAGCUCUUUGGCCAAAGCUAAUUAUUAUCCUUACGGAUGCGAUUUUAAUGGAGGCCGCCCCACUGGAAGAUUCACUAAUGGCAGAACUAUUGCUGAUAUGCUUGGAGCUCUUCUGGGUCUUCCUUAUGUACCUCCGUUUGCAAAUCCAACUACGGUGGGAACCAGGAUACUUGGAGGAGUUAAUUAUGCAUCGGCAGCCGGUGGCAUCUUGGAUGAAACAGGCCAGAUUUUGGGACAACGAUACGGUCUAAGCCAGCAGGUGGUGAAUUUUGAGAUUAAUUUAAGCGAGUUAAGAUUAAUGAUGGGUGCAACGAACCUAACACAGUAUUUGGCCAAGUCUAUAGCCAUUAUUGUGGCUGGAAGCAAUGACUACAUCAACAAUUACUUACUACCUGGCAGCCUCUACAGCUCCUACACUCCUCACGACUAUGCCAACCUCUUGCUCAAUCGCUAUGCCCGACAGAUGGUGGCACUCCACAGCGUGGGACUGCGUAAGUUUUUGUUGGCGGGCAUAGGACCAUUGGGGUGCAUCCCCAAUCAAAGAGCUACUGGUCGAGCACCGCUCGGAAGGUGCGUAGACUCAGUUAAUCAAAUGCUUGGUAGCUUCAAUGAAGGUCUAAAGUCACUUGUAGAUCAGUUAAAUACCAGAUACCAGGGUGCCACCUUCCUGUAUGCCAACACUUAUGCUGUUUUUGGUGACAUUCUUAACAAUCCUUCCUUAUAUGGUUUCAAGGUAAUAGACACUGGUUGUUGUGGAAUAGGGAGAAACCAAGGACAAAUAACUUGUCUACCAUUGGCAAUGCCAUGCGCUAAUCAUAACGACUACCUAUUUUGGGAUGCAUUCCAUCCUACUGAGGCUGCCAAUGCUGUUUUCACUUGGCGCGCAUAUUUAGGUCCACCCAACGACUGUUACCCCAUAAACCUUCAAAAGUUGGCAUUUCUAUAGUUUACUUAAUUUUGCUUGAUUUUUUUUCUGUUGUUGUUCUUCUUCCUUUGAUAUAUUUAUAUAAGUAUGUUUGUGUUAGAGUUUAUUUAAAAUAAAUAAAUCUUUGUAUGUGUGUUGAAUUUUUGAAGAUAGUACCAAAUAUUGAGGCUAAAUGCAAAAAUUAAUAAUCUCUUAAUUCUUUUGACCUUGUAUUUUGAUAAUUUCUCAUUGUACACUUUUCUUUGAGUACUAUUGCAUUCAAGAAGGCUGAAUUUGU